CGGUCGGCGACGACUAGAUUGCUCUAUACGAAUCUUUUCAAGAUUCGCAUCGCAAGUUACGAGGAAACGCUUCGAAAUACGAAGCGUAAUACGAAAGCUUGCGCGGCAUGUCCUGCGUAUUCUUGAGAAUUUCUUCGCAAGAAGCUUCGAGAUCGGGAAACGGAUGCGCUGAACUCGAGCCGCAUUGCAGGAGAUAUCACACUCGUACCACCUACUUGUCCGACACGGUGUCCUCUAUUGCUUGUCGCGUGGGAGGUGCAGGCGUGAUUUCCCGUGGGUCCCUGUCUGCUUCGUGCUCCCGGAAACUGCGUCCCUCAACGUUCAUUUGUGGCAAUGGAUGGUGGAGCAAUGGUGGAGUCAAAACAAUCGCCCUUGCCGGACGACGCUCUGCUGGCCGUGCUGGCCUUCUUGUCGCCGGCGGAGCUCCUGCGCUGCCGCCUGGUGUGCCGCCGCUUCCGAGACCUCUGCCUGCAUCCGGAUUUGUGGCGGUCUGUCUGGCUGUCGGACGCCGGGCUGCUGCGCGCCGUCCUCCGCCUGGCCCCCUGCCUGGGCAGUAUGUUUCUCAAGGACAUGUUCUUCAGGCCCACCUUGCAGGCAGUGGCCCCCCUCGUGCCGAGCAUAACGUGCGCAGUCGCUUCUGUCACCUUCAUGAUCCAACAACAGGAAAGUGUGACCUUGGUCAUAGACCUGAUCCGAAAGUUGUCUGCUUUGGGUGGUUUAAGAGUGGUUCAACUUGACACGUUGAGUGAGGUGCAUUUUCCACCUGCGUUCUUUGAACUGAUCUACGGUCUUAAAGACCUCUGCGAACUGGAAUUGAGGAUGCAAUGCUCUCCACCACUGUCGGAUGCACUACUUUCGACACAGGCGGUGAAGCCAUCUCUAACCAAGCUCAUUUACGGAUAUUCGGCAGACUAUUUCGUCCAGUUGUUGUUGAGGACACAUGCAGCCACUCUGGAAAAUGUGUGCCUCAUGACAGGAGGGCAGCUUCCCUCGGCGUUGCGCACGAUUGUUGCACCAAAUCUGCAAUCAUUGACCUGCCACUUGAACAGCGACCUGGCUUAUUCUGAAGCGUUAUCCCAUGUUCACAAGCUCAAGUUGAUAGCUUUUGGAGAGUACCCAUUCCCCCCCGAGGCUCUGGACUUCCUUCGGCAAUCGGCACAGCUCCGAUCCGUGAAGUUGACUUUCGUAAAAGCCUUGCCGAGCCCGGCGGAUCCCCUCUUCGCUCUUGCGGCGUCGCCGUCAGCCCCCUCUCUUGAAUCUCUAAGUCUGUUGUGUGCGUCGGACUCGCUGAGGGCGAUGGCCGGUGUCCUGGCACGGUUCCCCUCCCUGCAGACGCUCACAAUCUCGAUUUUGCAGUCCAUCACCUACAUGUCUGCGGACGCAAAGCUCUGCGACGACUUCAUGCGGGCGGUGAGCCCAGAGUCGGCGCCCCGCCUCACCUCGCUGACGCUGCCGCCUGUAAAGGGCUGCAUUCACUCCUGGUUGCACGGCCCCGCUGUCCAGGACCUGCUGGCCAGGAACCCUGGCCUGCACCUUCGCGCGGACUGUGAUGCCAUGGAGUUCCCGGCGCCGCACUGUGAUUGCCACUGGUGUCGCUGGGGGUGCCACCAAGAGCUCAAGACCGCCGCCGGGCUGCGACGAUGUUCGUUCGCGGCGCACUUCAAAGAGGUCGGCUGCCCGAAGGGCUGCGUCAAGUGGCUGUAAGCCUACCUUACAGUGUACUUUGUACGCAGUGCGAUUGAAUGUCAACGAAAAUUGUGCAUAACCGCGUCAUCGUCAUGGUCCAUACGAGGUUGUACGGCACGAAAUGUGCAACUGAUCUCUGCAUGCUGUUGACGUGGUUGUAGGAUACAUGUGCUUGAGCAUGGUCCUGCGUGUCUGGGAGUUGUCUCACAGCACAAUCAAGAUUUUAGAAAGACUCACAAUGAGGUCUAUGAGUAACUCGCCGUCCACUAGCUUUAUAUAAGUUUAAUUGUUCCUGACGGUGAAACAUCUUUAUUUUCCUUGUAAGUGUAAGAGCACUGAAUAAAUGAAUUAAA